AUGGAAGAGGCUAACAUCUUACGUCUAGUGGACAACUCAGACUUCUCCGAUUCUUUCGACGAUGCCGAUCUAUUAGAGCAGGCUGACUUGAUUGAAUCGCAAUUCAACCAACAGCGGCCACAAAUACAAGACUAUCGAAUUAGAGAGGAACAGACCGCUGGGAUAGACAGCACGAUCGAUUAUGGUGAGGAUUUCAACUCACCUAUCAUCAUCGACGACGACGCUAUGGAGCAAUUAGAUCGCAUUGAAAAUAACUCAUACAAUAACCCAGCAUCAUCCCAAGGGCUGGUUCAGCAGAGACUUUGGGGUGCACCGCCACCUCCCGCGUCGCGACCUCCACCGCGACCUGUUAUGGUUCAGAAAGAGCACAGUGGAGCAAAAAAGCAAUGGGACUACAAGGCUAUGUCUAAAUCAAACAAGCAGAGAAAGCAGAAGGCGAGAGCUGAAGAGGACGGCGAUAUGAUUAUCGAAGACGAUUUAAUUGAAUUCGAGCAAUUCCCCUCGCUAUCAACAGCUGUCAAGAGCUGGAUUUAUCCUACAAACUAUCCUAUCAGAGACUACCAGAUCAAUAUCACAACACAGUGUCUCUUCCAAAACACAUUGGUCGCGCUUCCAACUGGUCUUGGUAAAACACUAAUAGCUGGAGUAGUUAUUAUGAACUACUAUAAGUGGUUCCCUACUGCCAAAGUAGUCUUCUUAGCACCAACGAAACCGCUUGUCGAUCAACAGGCCAAAGCUUGUCACGACGUUUGUGGUAUCCCGCAAUCUGAUGUCAGUGUCUUGUAUGGUGAUGUCUCACAACAAAAACGUGAAGCUAUCAUAAGGGAAAAGAGGGUUUUGUAUAUGACUCCUCAAACUCUAAACAACGACCUUCAAAAGGGAGUGUGUGAUCCUCAAGAUGUUGUCUUGAUAGUGAUAGAUGAAGCUCACAAAGGACAAGGAGAUUAUUCCUACUGCUCAGUGGUGCGGCACAUGAUGAAAACGAACCCUCAUUUCAGAGUAUUGGCUUUGACGGCUACUCCUGGUAAUACUCCUGAACAAGUACAACCAAUUAUAGAUAACUUGCAUAUAAGUAAUAUCGCCAUUCGCAAUGACUCAUCACCAGAUAUUAAACAGUACACCCAUAAGAAGAUCUUUGAAGAGCAUAUUAUAAAAAUGGACUACUUCAUAGAUGAGUUGUGUAUGCAAUGGGAGGAUGUCGUAAAACGUACAGUCGAUCCACUCAUUGCAAAAGAUCUUCUUCCAGAGUACACAAUCAACAAAUUGAGGAAGCUUCAUCCAUAUUCGAUCACUGCUCUUCGUAGCAGGAUAUUACCACAUCAAAAAUAUUUGUUUGGUAGUUUGAAUAAAGCAGGAGAUGCCACGCGUGCUAUGAGGAACUUGCAAAUCCAGAGCAUUGAGAUAUUCUAUCAAAAUUUGCAAGAGCUGAGCGGCAAAAAGCAAGAUCCAGAUACCAAAAAGACUAUAGAAAAACUUAUGUUAUCAAUAGAGUCUGAACGAUCCAGACGCAAUGGCAGACUCAGUCAUCCAAAGAUGGAGAAAGUAGAAUCACUGUUAUUGGAUCACUUUACCAACUUUUCAACGGAAAAGACUGAAACUAGAGCCAUAGUCUUUGCAUCACUUAGAGAGACAGUGGACGAAGUAGUGGAACAAAUCAAUACCCAUUCUCCUAUUCUUAGAGCGGCGGCAUUCGUCGGACAAGCAGCAUCUAAUGGUAAAAAGGGUUUAAAUCAAAAACAACAACAGAAAGUCAUGAAUGAAUAUAAAGAUGGGACUUUUAAUGUGUUAGUCUCAACAUCUAUCGGUGAAGAAGGUUUGGACAUUGGUGAUAUCGAUCUUACUAUAACCUAUGAUCCUGGAAGAAGCUCUAUCAGUAUGUUACAAAAGAUUGGUCGUACUGGCAGAAAGCGUCAGGGACACGUUCACACACUCAUGGCUGAAGACCUUGAAGAUAAAAAUUGGGAUGAAGCACAAGCUAGGCACCAGGAUGUUCAAGCAUAUAUUGUUUCGGGAGAUCAAGUGGCAUUAUACAACGAUGUUGAACGGUUAAUUCCACAUGACGUUGAACCUGAAUGUGAGAAGAGACAUGUUCAGGUUGAAGAAUGGGAAAGCUUAACUAAGAAAAACAUCAAGAAAGACUCUUCUAGUUCAAACAUCCGUAACUUCACGAAGGCUUCAAAGCCAAAGCGGAAAAGAAAUGAAAAUCCUCUUCGUAACGUCCCAGAACAAGCUACCUCGGGGUUUGUUAAUGCUAGUGAUCUCGUUGAAAAGAAAACAGACACUGCUGCUAUGAACGUCGAAUCAGAUUCUGAAGAUGAAGCACUAAAAAAGGGCAUAGAUGACUUUCAGUCACAGAAGGAAGUGCAGCCCUUGAAGCUUGAGCCCUCAGGUCCUUCGUCGAAGCGAAACGAGAAGUUGAAGAAUAAACCCAGCCAAUUACAAAGGCAGCCAAGUCAUGCUGUAAGACGGCAAGCAAGUCAAGCAAGUAAAUCCAAUCAAUCAGUGGCCGCUUUAUCAAAGACGUUGUCAUUGCGAACUCAUUCAAUCACUCUCCAUGAUGACGAAGAAGAGGUAGAGUCUCCCAAGCCUACACAGAGUACAAAAAGACAGCGUACGAGAUCACCAACGCCAAUGUCACCAACAUCUUCACCAGUCUUGGUCCUGAACAAACCACCGAUCUUAAAGUCACCGUCAGAGCCACCAUUUGGAAGCAAGAAGAGAAGUAAAAAAGGGUUUAAAGCACCUAGACUACUAUUUCAAGAUUCACCAGUCAUUGACCUUGAUUCUGAUCAAGUUGACAGUCCCGUGGUCGUUCCCGGAAAGAAUGACAACGCUAAGCGUAAAGAUGAAACAUUUAAAACGCCAGCAAGACCAUUGGGUGGUAAAAAUGCAAACAACAGCUGCAUGUCAGUUGACUCAUCUCCGCUUGUUGUCAACAACACACGAAUGAAUGUUCAGGAGAACACAUAUAUCAAGCCAUUUCAUUAUGAACCGAAAUCAAUAUUGAGUAAUGGAUCGCCCGAUCAAUCACAGGUUGUCCGUAAACCUGGUCAGAGUCUUAUUGCACCUCGCACAACAGGCAAAUCACUCAUCUCAUCCUCACCCCGUGGUACACCCUAUCAUCCAUUCAAACGAUUAAGACAGAGAUCAUCAUCGAAUACAUCACCAAUGCCUCCUCAGCCAACAACAAAGCGUAGUAGAACGAUGAUGACGCAUGGUGAAUAUUUAGAUCUGGAUGCUCAAGUCUCUGAAAAUGAAGAUGCUUCUGGAGAUGAGAGAUCAAGUGACGUAGAAGCACUAUCGGAAAGUGAUAUUGAUUUUGUUGCUGGUGAUCAAAGUCAGCUCAUUAAUAAUGACAUUGAUUAUAAUCAGCAAGCAGCUUAUGUAAUGGGUUUAGCAACUCAGGUACCAAACGGAGGUGGACCACAAUUUAAUGCAGGACCUAUAAGGAAUCCUGUAGGGUUUAUGCUUGGUUCGAAAGAGGCAGCCCAUAGGCCGAUGUUGCUUUCUAGUAGUCCAAACGUAGCUGAUCCAGAUGAUACAUAUGAUUAUGAGGAUGGUUUUGUUGUUGAUGACGAUCAGCUUUGA